CCCAUUUUUGCGCGAGGAGGAGCCGUUGCCGCCGAGCUCCAGGGAUCAGGAUGGGCCCUCCGGUUCUUGGAGAUGGUCGUCCGCGGCUCCGCCCUGCCUUGGCUCCCUGAAAGAUUCCCGGGGUACCGCGGCAAAGAGUGUUCAGUGGGCACAGCCUAGCAGAAAGAUGCAAGUUUAACACAUCACAGCUAUUGACCUGUCACCUUGAUGACUUCACCUUUGGGUGCCUUCCCAGUUCAGUUCCCACAGCCUUCCAUCAGUGGCCUCUCACAGAUCACCAAGAGCCUAUUUAUCAGCAAUGGUGUGGCUGCCAACAACAAGUCCCUACUGUCCAACAAGCAGAUCACCACGGUCAUCAAUGUCUCAGUAGAGGUAGCAAACACCUUCUACGAGGACAUCCAGUACACGCAGGUGCCUGUGGUCGACACUCCAAUCGCACGUCUCUGUGACUUCUUCGACCCCAUCGCUGACCACAUCCAUUCGGUGGAGAUGAAGCAGGGCCGCACGCUGCUGCACUGUGCCGCUGGUGUGAGCCGCUCAGCCGCCCUGUGCCUCGCCUACCUCAUGAAGUACCAUGCCAUGUCCCUUCUAGAUGCUCACACUUGGACCAAAUCAUGCCGGCCCAUCAUCAGGCCCAACAGUGGCUUUUGGGAGCAGCUCAUCCAUUAUGAGUUCCGGCUGUUUGGCAAGAAUACAGUGUGCAUGAUUAACUCUCCAAUGGGACUGAUUCCAGACAUCUAUGAGAAGGAGACCCGCUUGAUGAUUCCUCUGUAAGCCAACCCACCAGCCCCUCUACUGGGGUCAGCCAUAGAGCUCUGUCAUUAACAGCACACCAAGGGCUAAACUUGAACAUUCUACUUUUGUUGCUCCAGGAGCACACCAGAUGGUGCAAGAAAAUAACUUUUACUCUUGUGACCCAGCCAGGUUUGGUGGUGCAUGCCUGUAACCUCAAAUGGCUGAAGCAGAAAGCUCGCAAGGUGAGUUUGAGGCCAGCCUGGGCCACAUAGUGAGACCUGUCUCACAAACAAACAAAAACCAACAAUUACUGUGUUAUAGUCCGUUUUUAGAGAUUAAGUCUGUUUAUUAUAAUAUGGUGAAGGUAAAUUUCUGUUGAGUGUUAGGUCCCAGCUGCUGUCUAGAGUGUGGAGGAGUCAAGUGGUGCCAGGCCACAGAGACCAGUGCCCAGUGCAUAUGGCAGACCCAACUGGGCCCCUGCAGCUUCUCCCCUAGGUGAUCAGCCCAGAGGUGACUGUCACAAUUCCACCUCACUCCUUCAGAGGCAGAGCCUUAAUUAAGCAUCCUGGUUCUCUCCAAUGUCUCACAGUAAGUGCCAGCCUGUUAGAUGAGGGGCCUUCAAGCAGAGCUCCAGAGGCCACCCUUUACCACGUGGCCCAACUCUGGUUUUCUAGAUCCAUUUACACAGUGCUUGGAUCACAGUGGAGCCCAGAUCAGUAGUCAUUAGCAUAAAUGCAAUCCUACCUGCACAUAACCCUUUGUGGGGUUUUUGUUUGUUUGUUUUUGUUUUUGGUUGGUUUGUUUUGUUUUUUUGAGGCAGGGUUUCUCUGUGUGUAGCCCUGGCUGUCCUGGACUCACUUUAUAGACCAGGCUGGCCUCAAACUCACAGAGAUCUGCCUGCCUCUGCCUCCCAGAGCACUAGGAUUACAGGUGUGUACCACAAUACCUGGCUCAGCCCUCUGUUUAUACGUGUGCUCAGAAGCCUGUAUGAGAGAGAAAAGAUGGCUUAAUCUUUGCUAGGCCUCAACUGAGGCCUUUUCAGGAGCUUCCCACUUUGCAACUUAGGGGUUAAGCCCUUCUGCAGAAUUGCAGACUAUGAGAUCCAGGGUCCCAGGCUGGCUGUCUCUUCAGGAGCUCUGAGGUCAGAGGUUAGAACAAGUGAGUUGGCUCCAGUAGGCCCUGAAAUUCAGGCCUGCUCAAGACUGGUAUCAGUCUCAAGAUUGGUAUCAGAUCUGACUUUAUAGGCUUUAUAGGCUUUGUUGUUUUUGUUUGUUUGUUUGUUUGUUUGUUUGUUUAAGAUGUGGUUCCAUGUAGCCCAAGCUGUGUAGCCUUGAGCUCCCAUUAACCUUGCCUACUUUAGGAAUGCUGAGCUCACAGGUGUGUGCCACCAUGCCCAGCCAAGAUUAGGGUUCUAGUUUGCUUUUUGUAGUUAUAACACUCAGCAAAAGCAGUUUGGGGAGGGAAAGAGUAUUUGACUUACAGGUUAUAGUCUGUCAUGAAGAGACAUCAGGACAGGAACUCAAAGCAGGAACAGAAGCAGAACCAUAGGGGAAUGCUGUUUACUGGCAUGUUCCCUGUGGCUUGCUCAGCCCAAUCCAGGACCACCUGCCCAGGUGGCACAACUCACAGUGGACUAAGCCUUCUUAUAUCAAUUCCUAGUCAAGAAGCUCCACAGACGGGCCCAUCUCAGUGGAAGGUCCCUUUUCCCAGGUGACUGUAGUUUAUGUCACAUUGACAAACACUAACCAGUUAGUCUAAUCUAGAGCUUUUUCAGACCAUUUUUGAGGCAAACAGCAGCAAGACUGCCCUGUUGGAUGGUUUGAUGCAGAGCUGAAUACAAGGAGAUCUUCUCCCACGUUAGUCGGGUUCCCUGGAGCCACAGAACUGGUAAGGUGAAAAUAAAAAGAAUUUAUUAAUUUAACACAUGGUAAAAUGGUAACCAAGUUGUCUUAUACCUGAGAGGCCGAAACCCCAUCAUUGCUUGGCCUUUCAGGCUGGCUGCCCAGCUGUGGGAGCAGUCCCACCAUGACUGCCUCGCUGCAGAGGCCCACAUCCCAGCAGCUGCUCAGUCCACGAGGCUGGGACUUCAUCAGUCCUUACCUGGCCCCCAAAACCAUUGGUUGUGAGGUCAGUGGAAGAAAUGGAGAGGCAAGCAGGAGGGCUGAGAGCACCAUGAAUGAUCUUCCCGCUUUCCAGUCCUCUUUUCCUGAGCUGCUUCCAAAAGAUGCCAACCACGCUUGGGCGGCUCUUCCCAGAUCCACUGAAGGCAACCAGGACAAGUGUCCAGGUGUGGCUCCCUACUCAGCUGAGUCUAAUUGGUGGCAAAUUGACAUCUAAACAAACCACCACACUUCUCAAAUCAUGGUCCAUUUUCACAAAGGGGCUGCCUAGGGGUUAGGUCUGAGGCAGGCAGGGGAAGAGGGAGACCACUGCUCUAGAAAAUGUCGCCUUUCAACAAGAGCAACUCCCACACCCUACUUACAUCCCUCUCACACAGCUGGCAGGUGUGGCCAAGCCCUUGACAUCUCACCUGUCAGAAGAACCAGGCCCUCUACACAGCAAGAGGGCGUGCAGAGCCCCAAACGUACAACUCUCCAGAUUUAAAAGAGUGGUAUUCAGAUCUUUCAGUCGUUAAAAAAAAUAUCUGGGAGUAGAAAGAUGGCUCAGUGAUUAUAAGCACUCAACUAUUCCUGCGAGGACCUGGGUCCAAUUCCCAGCACCCUCGUAGUGGCUCACAACUGUCUGUGGCUCCAGUUCCUAGGAAUCCAUUGCCCUUUUCUAACCACCUAGGGUGCCAGGCACACAUGCAGUACAGAUACACACAUGUAGGAAAAACACUCAUACACAGAAAAUAAAAAUAAUCUUAAAAAAAAAAAAAGGCAAAAACCUUCAAGCUGGGUAUGGUGGUGCACUCAGGGAGGCAGAGGCAGGCAGAUUACAGAGUUGGAGGCCAGCCUGGUCUACAAAGAAAGUCCAGGACAGCCAAGGCUGCACAGGGAAACUGCCUGGAAAAACAAACAAGCAAACACCUAAAUUAGCAUGUAAACUUAACUUGAAUUCACAAUACCCUGGGUCAUCCCACCCACAAGUGAGACUGAAACCCCAGGCCCCUCGGAUGCUAGGCAGGUGCUCCCCCACUAAGCUAAUCCCUAGUCCGGUUCUUUGAAGUUUGUUUUGGGUCAGGGUCUCUCUCUGUGACUCUGGCUGGCCUAUAACUCGAUAUGUAGUCUAGGCUGGCCUCCAGCUCACAGAGAUCAGCCUGCCUCUGCCUCCUAAGUAUACAUACUACCACCACACCAAGCUUAUUCCGUUAGGUGCACAGAUUUACGUAUUCAUCACAAAUCAGUUCUACUGCCAAAAGAUCCCUUUUGUGGUCAGACCCCAGCCCAGCCUCUGGACAGCACAUACCUGUGUAGACCAUAAGGUUUGCAGCUCUUGGUGCACUCCGUGUCUUUGUCUGUGGUAUUGUGUAUGGCUAUGCCAUACUUUACUCACUGAAGUAUAUUUGAGUUGUCAGUUUUAGGGGAUUAUAGAUAAAAUUACUGUAAAUAUUUGUAUACAGGUUAAUGCGCUGUGACCUAAGUCUUCAUUUCUCUAGGGGGUACUCAGAAUGGGAUACUAGUCAUAUGAUGACGGUGUGUGUAUUUAUUUUUAUUUUUAAAAUGCUAAUGUGAAAGAAGGCCAUCUUGCCUUCUCACCAGAAUUGGAUGAACACUGAUCAUAUUUACCCUCAUAUCCUCUUGUCCCCUCUCUACUUUUCCUGAACCCCUCUUUCUCCCUAAUAAGUUCCCCUCCAUGUUUUAUGACCUUUCUAUGGCUAUAUAAAGAAGCGUUCAUAUCUUUUUUGUUUUGUUUGUUUGUUUUUUCAGACAGGGUUUCUCUGUGUAGCCCUGGCUGUCGUGGAACCUGCUUUGUAGACCACAGUUUGUGGCCUCGAACUCACAGAUCCACCUGGCUCGGCCUUGAGAGUGCUGGGACUAAAGGCGUGCGCCACCAUGCCCAGCAUGUUCAUGUUAUUAGUAACCCUGAAUCCAGUUAGUGCAGCCAUAUGCUCAUGGGUGUGGGAUCAUCCACUUGGGUGUGUGCACCUUACCACUGGCCAGAUGGCCAAAGGAGAGUGACCCUCCGCUCCUUCCUCCUCCCCUCCCUCCCUCAGCAGCCAUCAACUGCCAAUAGCUCCCCACCAAGGGUGGGGCUUGAUCUCUGUGUGUGUAUUCAUGGCUGCUAUGAGCUGACAUUACGGCAGCCAGCCUACCUCCUCGUCCUCCAGCUCUUACGCUUUUUCCACUAUGGAAGCAUGAGAAGGAACAGGAAGCGAGUUGGCAUCUCCUGCAGAAUUCCAGCACAACUGAUGUUUGUUGUAAAGAUUGCCAGCUAGAAGUUACCCUUAUUUUUUGUUUGUUUGUUUUAUUUUUGUUUUUCGAGACGGCUUCUCUGUGUAGCCUUGACUGCCCUGGACUCGAUUUGUACACCAGGUAGGCCUUAAACUCACAAGAGAUCCAACUGCCUCUGCCUCCCAGAGUGCUGGGAUUACAGGCAUGUGCCAGGAGGCCCGGCUCUGGAAGUUACCUCUCUGAGUCAUAGAUAUUUUAUGUUAAAAUAAUACUGAAACAUGCUUCUGGCCUAAACAUAUAUGACCUUCAGUUGUGCCCUUAUUCCUGGGAAUUUUCUGGGAAUUUCAAAAACAAGACUAACCCUUUUUUUAUUUUUGCAAUAAAAAUGUCUUAACUUCCCUUGCAACCCUGUGCCCUAAGGUUUCACCUUAGCUGUGAUCCUGAUUCCUGGAAACGAGCCAUGGUCACGUUAGGCUCAGUUCCAACACUACCAGAAACAGUGCGUAUAGCUGCUAUAAAGACACUGAACUGUGACUCUGAGACGCCCAGACACAUGCUCUGGGGAGUGUGUCCUUUCUGCCCCUGCCACUCUUUUUCUAAAUCCUUGUGCUUAAAAUGUUUGUUUGGUUUUUUGUUUGUUUGUUUUCAAUAAACUCUUAACUCUGCUUCA